UCAAAUGGCAAUGCAUUAAAGAUUGACCACCUCUUCCCUUUUCAACACCCUUGUUAGGCAGAGCUUUCCAAGUAGGUGUCAAAGAAAAUAAGUAUGGCCAAUACCAGGUAUAUAAGCAGUGAUUUCAAAUCCAGAGGUUAAUCGUACUCUGGCAACUUUACGUAAGGCCCUCCAAUGGAAGUGCGUUGAAUCAAGAACCGAUAGUAAGAGUCUUUUUUAUGGACGUUUUUUUCUGGCUCCGCUUAUGAAAGGUAAAGCUGACACAAUAGGCAUUGCGAUGCGAAGAGCUUUGCUUGGAGAAAUUGAAGGAACAUGUAUCACACGUGCAAAAUCUGAGAAAAUACCACACGAAUUGUCUACUCUAGCAGGUAUUCAAGAAUCAGUGCGUAGAUCAUUAAGUUUCUAAUAAAGAAAGAAGUAACUCAAAUUUAUUCCUAACGGUUUCACAAUAACAGCUUUUCUCCAAGGGAGCCAAUGUUAAAUCCUCUCAUCCAGAGAGAGUUCCAUCUUGAGCCAUUGAGAACUUUUAAAAUCCACGCAUUUCUGAAGUCAGAGUCUUGGAAAAAUAUCUCUCAAGAGUCCUAGUACUAUCAGGAAGAAUUUAUCAUUCCCACCCACAAACAGGCAUGAGUCGUAAUUUGAGCCUUGAAUCCUCCAUAUGGACUCGAAAAUGAAAAUAGCAUUUUUAGAUUGGAUAAAGAGAAAAGGGAAUUUUGGACUGACUGAACACUGGAUCAAGCUCCCUCUCAGAGAUAGAUAGUAUAACCAAUUACUCGAGUUCGAGAAUAUGGAUUUCUUAUCAUCAAUCAAACCCAUAGCUGCUAAUAGAACUAGAAUAGAUAUUUUCUAUUUCCCACUCACACGAGCCCAUAUCCUUGUUUUUCUAUCAAUCUCUAAUUCUACCUCUCCCCCCCCCCCCCCAAUCUGAUCUUAUCGUACCGGUAUAGACCGAAAUUCCGUUAUGGUCCAAUUCUGACUGAUAAUAGAUGUUGGGUCUUUGUCUUGCGGCUACUGCGUUCGCAAGGACAACUGCCCUAACUCUAGAGAGAAAGAGCGGCCUAUUUCCAGCGUAAGAGCUGUAAAUAUCGACGUCUCCUGUUUAGAGUCGUAAUGUCUCAAAGAGUUCGGAAGAGCCUUCCAGGUAGGGACCCAUCGCAUUCCUACUUUCAUAGGAAUAUAAUGGAUCCAUGGUAGGUACAGUCGUUGAAGCUUGCUGUAUAAGCUCUUCAAACGAACUGACACUCGCACAACAGAAUCCAGAUCAGCAGGGUGUUUAUAGACUUAAAAAGCCCUUUACUGACAGGCUUAUCUAGAAGGACUAGCCUGGCUAUACCAAACCAAGACAAGUACAUCUUUACUAGCAUAUCAGCCCUCUCGCCUCUACAUUGUAUUAAGUGUCGAUGACGAGCCGGGAUAAUGCGUGGUAAACCACUUCUACUCAGGGACACACUAACCGAGAAAGAUUCUUUCUUAUCCAAGGUUCCCCUCCUCUCCUUUCAGUCGAGAAACUUCGUUCCUUCGCCCUUCGGGCUCACUACUUCGUUCCUUCGGUCGAGUAUAUUGCAUUCCUCAAGAAAGACCAUCAAUUAUGACGACUCACAUCCGAGGCAAGAAAAGAAUUGGGCGGAACAAGCUGUAAAUCCACCGUGGGGUGUGGAAGUUUUGGAUCCUUUUGUUUCGGGAGGAAUAACUUCUCAUCUUUUAGUCUCCGCUGGUAAAUGCCCCCCUAUCAAGCAAGAAAGAAGCGGCUCCUUCCACGGCGGAGUAACCAUUAACUCUAUUUAUUAUUAUGGUAAAUCAGUGUAUCAAGAUGUCAAUCUGAGAUCGUUGAGGAUGAUGUGUACCCUCUUGGCCUAUGAAUACUUGCUUUCUCCGUCCAGCUGCUCACACUGAAAGCACAACUCCUUUACUCCCCCGAAGUCCGCCUGCCCGACGGAUUUCUUGAGUGUUCGAGUUUAUUUAUGGCAUGAAACAACCCGAAGCAUGGGUCUAGCUUAUUAAGAAUUUCCAGAGUCCUUCGCUCGGUAAAGGAGCAUUCAGACAUCGGGGGAAGAGCUCAAAGCCGAGGAGAGCCCUGUGUCCCUCUGAUAGAAUGGAAAGGGAAGGGCCAUAUUUUGAUUUUUAGUAUACUUUUGAGGCACCAACUUAAUGGUAAAUUUAGACACUUGGAAAGGGUGUAUCUUCUUCUUUUCGCUCGCCUUGCGCUUGGUACACACGGUCGUUAUCGCAUAGCACCGUUUGAUGAGAGAUAUGAGCAAGAGGCUUCAAGAAAACUUGUGUUUUCUGAAUUAUAUGAAGCCAGUAAACAAACAGCAAAUUCGUGGGUAUUUGAACCCGAAUUCCCGGGAAAAAGUAUAAUAUUUGAUGGAAGAACGGGAGAUCCUUUUGAACGGCUUGAGUCACUCGUGAACUACUAACUUCCGCCUCCCAAGUUUUCAGGAUAAUUGCACACCAAUUCCUCUCCCUUCGCCCUUCGGUCGAACUCUCCCCCUCUCCUUUCAGUCGAGCAUAUUGAUAACCACUCCUUUCUUUUUUUUGUUUCGUGAUGAUGUAUUUCUUUGAUGAAUCAUGGGUUUCUUUCCCUUUCUUGGUCUCCCAUCGUUAGUAUAUAGUUAGGUGGCUGUGAAUGACAAAACGACGGGUCGAGAGCCUGGCCAGUUCCCUCUGACAGCAUAGCACAUAAAUUCAUGGCUGCUUUGCAUACUAAUGAGUCUCAUCAUCAACCCAAAGGAGAGGAAAAGGGAGGCAUCCAUCAGAAGAACUCAGAAGGAACAAAGAAAGAAAGACAAAAAGAAAUGAAUUCGCAAGUCUUCACAUGCAUGCAUGAAACUCAGAAACCUACAUAAUUCAAGCCCUAUUUUUGCAGUGUUCCAUUUCUCCAUAAAUAGCUAUGUCGGCAUGCAAUGUAUAUAGUAAUUGGUCAGAUAACAACAAUCUGUGAUUAAAAGGUAUUGAUAUGAGUUAUAGUUCGAGAGAAUAUUGUUAUAGUUAGAGAAUAAAAGGUAAUAGGGCGAUGAGGUAAAAUAAACUCAUGGCCCACUUCACAUUAUUCACAAGCCGACUUAUUGAUUGAAUAGUGUCGAUUAUGAUACAAAUCUUAAAUUACAAUCUAAUUCACGCUCGCUAAAGCAUUCAUUUUUUUUUUUACAAUACAAAUCCUCUAGUUAGUAUAUAUGUUUAAAUUUGGAUACAUGUUAGCUAGCUCCAUCACCUUCUUCCUACAUAAAGUCAUGUAUGUAUUAUUCAUAAGAAUAACCCCAUUUAUCCAAUAAAAAAAACGUCUUCAAUGCUACAAGUACAAAAUUCAUAGAAACUUACAAAUGAAAGAAUAUGAAACUUGAAACUGAUAGACAUCUUCAUCGAUUUUGCAUCUCUCUAAUUAUUUUUUUAUGAACCUUACAUGCAUCUCUAUUAUUAUAAAGGUCCAUCCAUCAAAUCAAAUCCAGACUAGUCAGCUAAUCAAAUAGUUUUCUUCCCCGUCACAAUCCCUUUCUGACUCGAGUGACCAUUAUCUGACAAAUCACCAGGGGCUAGAGAGAAAGGGAAAGAGAAGAGUAGUUUGGUGGGAGGGAUCCAUAUGUAAACAUAGUAUCUAUUUAGAUACGCUCGAAUGACCCCUUUCUCAUAAUGAGAAUGUAUAUAAGCCUAUUCCGGUCUGGUCCGGUAUGAAAUGAACUAAUAAUCAUGGAAUCGACUCGAUUAUCAGAUUAUAGAUUAUAAGUUCAUAGAGUGUGCUUGGGUUCAGGUCUUGGGGAUGAAUAUUCAAAAUAGUAACCCAAUAGUUCCAUCUGUUAUAUCCAGCAAGCCUCUGCACCCAAAUAGGUUGUUGUAAUUUCCAUAGUUAUGUAGAUUUGCUGUUUUUUCCCCGGUGAAAGUGGUGGAAUAGAGCUAUAUUUUGGGAAAAUAAAGUUAAUGAAUGAUUAUAUAUUGUAUUGUUGUAGGGGCACCUUAUGAUAUCAUUGUUUCUACCUUUAAUAGCAGAACAAAAGCUACUUUCACUUGGCAUGUUGGCUCAUCAUUUCGAUCUACAAAAUGAAAUGCAGAAGUGACGCUGUUUUUGUUACUUAUAUAAGUUGAACUAUGAUGAAAUUUCUGUCUUGGGCGUUUCAUGAUUUAUUUCGUUGUGAAAGCAAGUAUAUCAGUAAUCUAUUUGUAUUUUAUUUUUUGAUAAUGGCGAUAGAAAUUUUAUUAAAAAAGGAGAGAAGAACCAAGAAUUGUUCCACAUGGUUCACAAUUAUUGAACCGCUACCAAAGAACAACAAAAAAACAAAUAAAAAGGAAUAGGAACAAAGGGCAACAACUAAGUGGAAGGUCACCCCUUUCGUUCCAAAAACAAAACAAAGAAGUACGAGAUAGAGCAUUCCACGGUAUUAUGCAACAAGCCAAACUCAAAAACCAGCAACACCAAUGAUCAAGCAAUGGCCACUAGUCAAUCCUGGUAUUAUGGACAAGAGGGCAAGCUUGAUACAACAACUUCCUUUGUAAUGACUUUGUUCUGGCUAUUAAGGGGAUAUCAUUUGUACUGACUUUCAAUACUACAAGUUCAAAUACGAAGCAUUGCAAAAAAGAAAAAAAAAAACAGGCGUAAUUAAUUUUGAAAAAUAUCUGUUAAGUACCAUGAUCAAAUAUAAAUAUCAAGAUACGAGAGAAUCAACCAAAUACUGUAACUAAUGGUUGACAUCUAGUCACGGGGAACAAUUUUCUCACGAUAAAUAACAUGUUAAAAAUCCUAUAUCUCGACUCUAAAUAAUUUUCCCCCGGUUUCGUGUGGCAAGACUUGGUAUUAGUCAUGGGCCUCAUUGGCACAUUUCGUAAAUAAAAUUAUUAAAGAAUAAGAAAAGUAAACGAAAAAAAAACAGACCGUCUGACCAUUAGGUAAACAAUAAUGGACAUCGUUAGUUUUUUGCCACUUUAGGAUAGAUAAAUGGGUAUUUUGAGCCAAUUAAAGGCGCACGUAAUCAAGUAGUUUUGGUCCCUCAAAUUUGCUCCCCUUGUUGCCAAACAUAGUGCACAUAAAACUAUAAAAGAAUUAGAAAAUC